GUGCAGGAGUACUACUCUAUAUCAAAUAGCACCUGAAGUACAUACGUAUACAUGACUCGAAUUGAAGGGGGGCACAUUUAUGUUGGGAUAGAACUGAACUUAAGUUCCAAUUCCCCGCAGAAAAAGAAGGUUAAGCCGUUUCCGUCCCAUCCACUUCAAACCUAGAUUCUCACCGUAUAACAUUGUCGGAAAUCUCAACCUUGUCUAAAGUUCGACUAUCACAAACUCGUCUCGUUCAGAGUUGCGGUCCGGAUCUUUAACCCUUUUCCCAAACAGAAAAAGUGGUUUUGUUCGAACAGUUUCCCCUGUCGAUCAUCUGUUCCUCUCCAAUUGACUUCAGGUCAUCCGGCUAUUCUCUUUAGCACACCACACACCCACACACAGAGAAUAAGGGACGCGGGGUAGAAGUCUCAAAUGUCGGGAACACCCACCGCCGUCUCCGCUCCGGGUAAGGUGCUUCUAGCCGGAGGAUACCUCGUUCUCGACCGUCAAUAUACCGGGCUCGUCUUCGGUCUGAGCGCCCGCAUCAAUGUCGUUGCUCAGGAGAUCAAAACCAGCAAGGGCGUUCAGUUGAGCGAGAUUAUUGUUGAUAGCCCUCAGUUCCUUGAAGCUCAAUGGCGCUAUGGAUACCAUCUAGCUCACGGAGACGGCGGCAUUAAGGUCACUCAGUUGCAAGUUGGCUCCAACAUAAACAAAAACCCCUUCGUCGAGACCACGCUGGCUUACGCCCUCACCUACAUCACCACGGCCGGGAAUCUCAAGAAGUCCUACACAUUCCACCCGGCCCAGCUCACCAUCCUCGCCGACAACGCCUACUACUCGCAACCUCACACCUCCUCCCCCUCCUCAUCCCCGUCUCUACCCAACCGCUUCGCCAAAUUCCCCACUAAGCUCAAAGAUGCCCAUAAAACCGGUCUCGGCUCCUCCGCGGCCUUAGUCACCGCACUCACCGCCGCUCUACUAACCCACUACCUGCCUCGCACCGCCUUCGACCCGGCCUCGGACGCGGGUAAGCUAGUCCUGCACAACCUAGCGCAGGCGGCGCACUGCGCGGCCCAGGGCAAGGUGGGCUCGGGGUUCGACGUCGCGGCUGCGGUGUUCGGGUCUUGCUCGUACCGGCGCUUCUCGCCCGCCAUCCUCAAAGACCUGCCGGAGGUCGGCGCGCCGGGUUUCGCGCCGGCGCUGGCGGCGUGCGUGGACCCGGCCUUCACGUCUGAGAGCGGCAAGGGGGUGUGGGACACGCGUGUCGCGAAGGAGGGCGCGAGCAUGCCGGGCGGCGUCGCGCUGCGCAUGUGCGACGUGGACUGCGGCAGCCAGACGGUGGGCAUGGUGAAGCAAGUCCUGAAGUGGCGCGACGAGACGGAUCCCGAGGGCGCGAAGAAGCUCUGGGACGAGCUGCAGAGGCGGAAUGAGGAGUUGGCUUCUGUGCUUAGCGCGGGAAGGAAAGACGAGAUUAGGGGGGCGGUGGAGGGGGUUAGGGAGCUGGUUAGGGAGAUGGGGGAGAAGAGCGGGGUUCCGAUCGAGCCGAGGAGUCAGACGGAGUUGUUGGAUGCGCUGACGAAGGAGGUGGAGGGUGUGUAUGCUGGUGUGGUGCCCGGGGCGGGCGGGUACGAUGCCCUGGCGUUGCUUGUGCAGGAUGAUGAGGCGACGGAGGAGAGGGUUAAGACGUUUUUGGAGAGGUGGAGCGCGGAGAAGGGCGGGAAGGUUCGGUUGCUUGAUGUUAAGGGGGAGAUGGAGGGCGUGAGGACGGAGGAGUUGGGGCAGUAUGCGGGGUGGAUAUCUUGAGGGUUUGUGGCUGCUUCUGAGGGCUUGGGGGAGGAGGAUUUAGAUAUAUGGAUAUCGUAGACUACUACCUAGGAGGUAUGUAUUUACGUAUUUAAAAUAGAAUGUGAUAUUUCUUUUGGAUUGGUCCAUAUCGGAUAGGUGACGCUACUGUAGGCAAUGGUUACUUUGUGAGAUGUU